AUGACUUACGAAGUAAUUGACUCCUUCAAAGUGAAGCUGUUAGUCAACACACGACUCUUGUACAAAUUGCCUCUUAAUUAUACUGAAAAGAGUAAUGAAACCACCAUUUCUGUAGUAGUUAAUAUUACUCAGAAGUAUGAUGAAACUCUUCAUGGAGAUAAGCAAUUGAUUCAAAAUAAAUUAAUACUUCCAGAAACUCCUAAAUUAAUUAGUUAUAUUCAAGGAGGUCCGGGUUUCCCAUGUGGAGUACCCUUAGAUAAUUCUGGUUAUACAAAAGUUCUUAUUGAUAAGGGGUAUCAAAUUGUAUUUCUUGAUCAAAGAGGUACUGGAUUAAGUACACCAUUAGAAAGACAAACAUUUAACCAAUUAGUUCCUCGAUUAGAUGGUGAAAGUGAAUCAGCAUAUACUCAAAGACAAUUAGAUUUUAUCCUUAAUUUUAGAGCCGAUUCUAUUGUGGAAGAUUAUGAAAGAGUUAGAAUUAGUUUACUUGGAGAUGAAGGUAAAUGGUCACUUAUUGGACAAUCUUAUGGUGGAUUUACUAGUUUCACUUAUGUAUCGAAAUAUCCUCAAUCUUUAAAGGAAAUAUUAAUUACUGGUGGAGUUCCUCCCAUCAAUUAUGGUCCAGAUGAUGUAUAUGCUGCUACUUAUGAAAGAACCAAAGAAAGAAAUAUUCAUUAUUUCAAUAAAUAUCCUGCUGAUAAAGCAAGAAUACAAAAUAUCUUGAAAUAUUUAAAUGAAAAUACUGUUAAAUUACCUAAUGGAGGUACUCUCUCAGUUGAAAGAUUUCAACAACUUGGAUUAUCAUUUGGAGGUACUGGAGGUACUGAUAAUAUUCAUCAAUUAGUUGUUAAAUUUGAUUAUGAUUUGAAAUUAUUUGGAUUCCCAACUUAUCAAAUACUUACUGCUGUGGAAAGGGAAUAUAGUUUUGAUACCAAUAUUAUCUAUGCUUUAUUCCAAGAAGCUAUCUAUUGUGAUGGUAAUAACUUGAAAGUUAAGACCAGUGAUUGGAGUGCCGAUAGAUUGAGGUACUUACCAAACAAUAGUUCAUUUGUAUACAGUGAAAAGAAUGAAGUUACAUAUUUCACUGGAGAAAUGGUAUAUAAAUCAAUGUUUGAAGAUUAUGUAGAACUUGAACCAUUUAAGUCAUUGGCAUAUGCUUUACAUACCAAUGAAAAAUGGUCUAAAUUAUAUGAUACUCAAAUUCUUUAUGAAACUAAAGUACCUAUUGUUGCUGCUACUUAUGUCUAUGAUCAAUAUGUUGAUUUCGAUGUUACAAGGAAAGUUAAACAGGAAGUUUUCAAAGGUAAUGGCAAUCUUAAACAAUUCAUUACUAGUGAAUUCUUCCAUAAUGGGGUUAGAGCUGGGGCUGAUAAAGUUAUUGGAUCAUUGUUUGAUUUAUUAGAUUGCGAAAUAGAUUAA